CUGGUUAAUCAGUCACUGCCCCUGGCCGGGCAAGGGGCACUUGGUAAACUUGCUACCUCCAGAGCCCCCUGACCUGGUGUGGAAGCGGUGAAGGACUCCUGAUGCUCCGGACCUGUCGUGCGCUCUGCUCGCAAGCCAGCCCCUCCCCUGGGGGCUGGCAGCCCCCGAACUUUGAUGGUGGGGCCUUUCACCUCAAGGGCACAGGAGAACUGACCCGGGCUUUGCUGGUGCUACGGCUGUGUGCCUGGCCCCCUCUGGUCACCCAUGGCCUGGCGCUCCAAGCCUGGUCUCAGCGACUCCUGGGCUCCCGGCUCUCGGGCGCACUUCUCCGAGCAUCCAUCUAUGGGCAGUUUGUGGCUGGUGAGACCGCAGAGGAGGUGACGGGCUGUGUCCAACAGCUCAAGACCCUAGGCCUCCGGCCCCUCCUGGCAGUGCCCACUGAGGAGGAGCCAGACUCAGCUGUCAAGACUGGUGAGGCCUGGUAUGAGGGGAACCUCAGGGCUAUGCUGCGAUGUGUGGACCUGUCACGAGGCCUUCUGGAGACCCCUGGCCGAACUGGAGACAUCCUCAUGCAACUGAAGAUUACAGCGCUGGCCAGCACUCAGCUCUGUAAGGAGCUAACCUCAUGGGUCAGAAGGCCAGGGGAUUCCUUGGAGCUGAGCCCCAAGAGACUGGCUGAAGCCAUGGACUCUGGGCGGGACCUCCAGGUCUCCUUCCUCAACACUGAGCAAAACCGGCAUCUCCAGGCCUCCCUGAGCCGCUUGCACCGGGUGGUACAGCAUGCCCGCGCCCAGCACGUGAGGCUCCUGGUGGAUGCUGAGUACACCUCGCUGAACCCUACACUCUCUCUGCUGGUGGCCGCCCUGGCUGUGCGCUGGAACAGCCCCAGGGAAGGCGGGCCCUGGGUGUGGAACACUUACCAGGCCUAUCUGAAGGACACCUACGAGCGGCUGAGGCGAGAUGCUGGGGCCGCAGACAGGGCUGGCCUGGCCUUUGGAGUGAAGCUGGUACGAGGGGCAUAUCUGGACAAGGAGAGAGAGCUGGCCCGGCUCCAGGGGACUGAAGACCCCACUCAGCCUGACUAUGAGGCUACCAAUCAGAGUUACAGCCGCUGCCUGGAGCUGAUGCUGAACCAUGUGGCCCAUCGUGGCCCCACGUGCCACCUCAUGGUGGCGUCCCACAAUGAGGAAUCGGUCCGCCAGGCAACCAAGCGCAUGUGGGAGCUGGACAUCCCUCUGGAUGGGCCCAUCUGUUUUGGACAACUUCUGGGGAUGUGUGACCAUGUCUCCUUGGCAUUAGUUGUCCAGGUGGACGGUGAGAACUCUGCUGGGCAGACGGCACUCUUCCUCUCGGCGCUGCUGGGACGCAGCUCUGCCGUGCAGCUCCUGCUGGCCUUUGGUGCCAACCCCAACCACCGCUGCCUGGAUGGCAGCACACCUGUGCAUGCGGGCGCCUUCUCGGGCCGCAGCCUGGUGAUGCUGCACCUGCUGCAGGCGGGGGGUGACCUGCGUCUGCAUGACCAGCAGGGCCGCACCCCUCAGGACUGGGCAGAGCAAGGUGGUGCCAAGCAAAGCUGGGAGGUGCUGGAGCUGUUACAGCUCUGCCGGGCCCACAUAUCAGCACUUGUGCACGGCAGUGAGUUGGCCCCCACUGCGUCCCUGGGGCAGGUGCAGGCCAGCUCUGGACGCAGCCUGCGUGGUGGUUCCCUGCUCUUGCUGCGGCUGGUGCAAGUGGACAGGACACUGAGGCCGGAGCAGGUCAGGAGACCCCCCCAAAUUCCAGCCUUAGGGUUUGGCCAGCUCAGCAGCCUGGCACCCCUGGGGCUUGUAACGGGUGUGCCCCUUGCGGACCCCAAAGAGCUGCUGCCAGCACAGGGCGAGCCUGACCGCACCUACAAGAGCAGCUCCCACACCCUCAUGGCCAACCUCCUGUGGAGGGGCCACCCCGUGACCGUGCGGCAGCUGCAGGCCCCUGGAACCCAGCCUGAUGUGCUGUUGGCUGACCUUCAGCACUGCAGCACCCUGCACCACCCCAACCUCUUGCUGCUGAUGGCCCUGAGCCCCUCGGCGGACCUGUCGGGGCUGCGCCUUCUCUUUGAACCUGUGUGGCUGGGCUCCCUGCAUGUGGUGCUGCACUCACGGGGACCAAGAGAGGGAGUACCUGGCCCCCACCCUGUGCCAGGCCUGCCACCUGGCCACCUGCUGCUGCAGGUGUUGGAGGCCCUGCUGUUCCUGCAGGCCCGCUGGCGUGCUCACGGCGGCCUCAGCUCCCAUGCUGUGCAGCUGGUGCGGCCAGGCCUGGCCAAGGUGGGCAGCCUGGAGCACGGGCGCCCAUUGCACCAACACUGGCUGCAGCCCAGGCCACAGCAGGGCUACCCCUGGGGAGGCCCAGGCCCAGGGCUGCCCCCGCCUCCUGAACUGUACCCAUGGCUGCCACUUGAGCUCAUCCGCGGUGAUAUGCCUGCUGCCACCUCAGACCUCUACAGCUUCUGCAUCCUGGCCCAGGAGGUCUUCACUGGAGAGCUGCCCUGGGCUGGAAGAGAGGGGCCUGAGGUGAAGGCUAAACUGGAGGCAGGUGAGAGCCCGGCCCUGGAUCCCCUGGUGCCAGCCCCCUACCAGGCCCUGGUACGGGCUGGACUGGGCCUAGGGCCUGCUGACCGCUGGGGCAGCCUGCAGAGUACGCGGUACCUGCUGCGGGAGGCCAUGGCCCAGGACUCGGCUGCUGAGGUGGGCUCCCCAGUGGACUGGACCACACUGAGCCCUUCACCCCGGGGUUGUCCGCCAGAGUCACUGUACUAUGAGGUGGCUUCCAGAGCCAAGACUGCACCCCGGCCCGUGCCCCCUGUGAUGUCCCUAGGUCCCUCCCCAUCCCAGGUGCUGGGCCACAGCAGAGUCCAGAGGGGUAGAGCCUGGGACUCGGGUAGCAGCUUGACUCUAAGCAGCAGCCUGAGUCCCAGCCCUGACCUCUGCCCAGGCCGCAGCCCCACAGCCAGGGUCAGCCUGCACCGCUGCCUGGAGCCCAGAGCCACGGUACAGGCGCCCAGCCCUGAGCUGAUCAGAGGAAGUCUCUUCUCCAGCCUGCAGAAGAUGGAUCUGCUGAAGGAGAUCAUAGCAGAGCUGCAAGGUGGAUGCCAGCUUGACCAGGCUCAGUCUCAUUCCUGACACAAAUUGUUAGGGUGCCAUGACAUCCACAUCUUCUCUGCAGAUGUCACCCCUCAGAGCCUCCCAGGAGUGACUCCCCACUUAGCACCUGCUGACAUGAUAAAAUGAUAAAGCAGC